UAUCUGGGCUUUUCUAUGGAAAUUCAAGAUUAAGGAGACCAAAGCAACCAAUAAAUUUUAAAAACGUUUCUGGUAUUGACGUACUUUUCACGCAGAGUAAGUGAAACUGUGAAAACGUGAGUGGCUUAAUUUAAACGCAGCCCAAAUAUUAUAUAUACGCAGUGAGAGGCAGUUCACAACCUUAAAAAUAAAAUUCUAGUGUGUUACUACUGUUUAUGCUUUGAUACCAAAUAUCUACGAUUCACCACGGUAUGUACCUUCCUUCAAAACAUGUGAUUUUUUUGACAUAAAACUGUUUUACAGUAACUUUUUUUUUGAGAGAUGCGAUGACCUUUUUAGUUCCAUACAAGUACAACAUAAUUCAACCACGCACAACCAAACAUGCCAAUGUCUCACCCGUAGAGGUUUAUUAUUUUCCAAUCUCUUUCAUCUUUAUUUUCUAUAAUAUACAAACUUGGAGUUAUUUGUUUCCCAUUAGAUGAAGUUGUGCUGGAGUUUGAAUUAAACAUGGAUUUUGUUUUUCAUAUCAAAUGGGUUUAUUCUUGAGACACUCUGGUUUGACAUGCACUGGCAGUUGAUGCAAUGCACAAAAGCUUUUGGGCUGAUUGUUAAAAUCAGUUUGUCUUGUGUGGAAAUUUUUUAAGUUCUUCACUAGUUUCAUAGAAUCAUGUCUCUUGUAUUUCUCUUCUUGCCAGACAAGUCAUUUGUCAGAAUUAUGGUAUUUUUUUUUUUUUUUUUUGGUAUUGUUUCGUUGUUGUGUAUUUAUUGGAAUUGCUUUGGGAAAGCCAAUUAUAGAGGACAGGGUUAUGAAGUUAUGAGGGAAAGGAUUAUCAUAAAUGAAGUAAUAGAACUUAAUAGUGCUUAUUCUAGCUACAGUUUUUUUAUUUUAUUUUUUUUUUAUUUUAUUUUUAUCAUUUUGGCAAUGGGGUUGGUUUCCUCUUGACAGUUUGAACAGCUAGUCAAAUAUUAACUAAAGUAUUAAAUUGGUUUGUUUUAAGUUCAUAUUUAUUUACUUUUGAGUAAAUGGAUGCUUGCAUUCUUUUUCCAUAUGAAUGAGUUUAUCUUGAAUGAACAUCCUCUACAAUUGGCUAUAAAGACAAGAUUACUGGAGAGUAACUACUUCUAUAUAUGAUCUCUUAAGCAUAUGGACAUCUUAGUACUCUUUGCAAAAAUAGUUUUUAAUCUACUGAACAUGUGUUCUUUACUCUUUUUAAGUUGUUUUUUUGAACUGAUAGCUCUCAUCUGUCUUUGGUUAGAAGACUUCUCUUGGAGGCUUUGGGUCCACUCUUACCCGAACAAGACCCUAUAGAUGCAUAAUUUAACAAUCACAUCUGGAAUUAGAAGUAGCAUAUUUGGUUCCUCCACACCUUUUGGUGCAACAAGUCAGUCUGCAUCUGGUGCAAGCAGCACCCCUGCCUUUAGUGUUACAACCAUGCUUUCAUUUAGUGCUACAAGCACACCUGCAAUAGGUGCCAUGCCCACCCCUACCUUUGAGGUUAGCAUCCCUGCCUCUGGUGCUAUAAGCAACCUUGCCAUUAGUGUUACAAGCACCCCAACCUCUAGUUCAACAUCAAGUCCUGCAUUCUCUGUUUCAAUUACCCCUGUAUUUGGAUCGGGUGGAGCAAUUGGAGCUUCAGGCAGUCCUGUAUUUGGUUCUUCAAGCACUCCUGCAUUUGGUGUCUCAACUACUCCUAUAUUUGGUUCCUUUUCUAUUACCCUGUCUCUCAGUGUUGAGUCCACUUCAGCUUUUGGCCAAUCAACUUCUGCAUUUGGUAGCAGCCCAUUUGGUACCACUGCUACUCCUUUUGGAGUUCAGAAUUCUCCUUUUGGAGCCCAGUCGACAACGCUAAGAUUUGGUGGCACUAGCAUUCAGCAGUCGCCUUUUGGGAGUCAAAGUUGGGGAAGUAGAGUAGCUGCAUACACUCCAACAACUGAGUUUCAGAAUGGGGCACCAACUGCUGGGAAUUUACAGUCAUUAUCAGCCAUGCCUGUCUACAAAGAUAAAAGUCAUGAGGAGCUGAGAUGGGUGGACUAUCAAGUGGGAGAUAAAGGUAAACCAGCUAUGACCGCCUUUAAUGUUUCAAACACCCCUGCCUUUAAUUCUAUGUGGACCCCAAAUUCAACAGCAACUCCUAGAAUUGGUAGCAUGGGGACUGCAUUUGGUUUGUCGGGUGCCCCUGUAUUUGGAUCCGGCAGAGUAUUUGGAGGUUCAAGCAGUCCUGUAAUUUGUUCUUCAAGCACACCUGCAUUUGAUGCCUAUGCGCCUGCAUUUGGUGCCUUUUGCAGGCGUGCAUUUGGUGCCUCAAUUUCUCCUGCAUCUGGUGCCACAAGCACACCUGCAUUUGGUGCUGUGAGCACCCCAGCCUUUGGUUCAACAACAACUCCUGCAUUUGGUAGCACAGGGAUUGCAAUUGGUGGGUCAAGUGUCCCUGUGUUUGGAUCUGGUGGUGCAUUUGGAGCUUCAAGUAGGCCUAUAUUUUCUUCAAGCACCCCUAAAUUUGGUGUGUCAAGCUCACCUGCAUUUGGUGCCUCACCUACUGCUGCCUUUGAGGCUUUUAAUGCCCCAUCCUUCAGCCAAUCAACUUCUGCAUUUAGUAGCAGCCCGUUUAGUAAUACCACUACUCCAUUUGGAGCCCAGAGUUCUCUUGGAGCUCAACCUACAACAGCAUUUGGCAGCACUGGCUAUUGGCAAUCACCUUUUGGGAAUCAAGCUGGUGGAACUGCGUACACUCCAAAAUCUGAAGCUGACUGCAGUGCACAGGCUGCUGGGGAAUUAGAGUCAAUAUCAGCCCUGCAUGAAUACAAAGAUAAAAGUCAUGAGGAGCUGAAAUCGGAGGACAAUCAAUUAAGAGAUACAGGUGGACCACUUUGCGUUCCUGUUGGUGGGAUAUUCUUUAGUUCGUCUCACUCACCAACAUUUGGCCAAUCAGCUGCGAGUCCUUUCUCUUUCUCAAUGCCUUCCAAUCAAUUUGCACCAAAAACUUCCAGCCUUGGUGGUUUAACUUUUGCCGGCUCAGCUACUCCUGCAUUCAGUUCUUCACCUUUUAGCAAGUCAACUUCACCCAGCCUUUUUGGAUUAGCAUCAUUAUCAACAACAACAAAUACAUUUGGUCUUAAUUCAUCUCCAUCUAUAUUUGGUUCAGCACCAUCUUUCUUCAACUCUGGUCCAUCUCAGGCAACAAAUCCAGCAUUUGGUAGUUACACUCAGCCAUCCCCAGUAUUGCAAUCAUCUACGCCCACAAUCAGGCAGAUUGGCUCUACUUUUGGACAGACAACUUCCCUUGGACAGAGUACAGGUUCACACUUUGGUCAUGAAAUAUGUGGUGCUUCCUCUACUGGAUUUAGGGAUGACAAAAAUUCCUCUCAGGGCACGAAUACUGUGGUUGGUUGGGUACCUUUCGGUUGGCAUGGAGUUUGAGACUAAGUAGCAUGGAUACUUCCACAAUGUGGUUGUUUUUGAAACUUAGUAGCAUGGAUAGUGAGGAAUUUGGUUAUGUGACUUAUAAAUUUUUUGUAUUCUACAUUGGCUCUAAUAUGACACAAGCUUGUCCGAAAUUGCAAGGAGUGCAUGUUGCUAAUGCUGAUGGAGUGCAUAUUGAUAAUGCUGAUAAGGGUGCAGAGAUAAGUGAUGGCUGAUAAGGCUUGCCUGCUAAGGACAGAAUGCUUGUUGGUUGCCCAGCUUUUUUUUUAUAUAUAGGAAUUGUUAGUUGAUCAGGUUGUUAGCUAUUGUUUAAAUAAGGAUUGCUAAUACUUCAAUUAGGAUUGCUAGUGGUAAGGUUUACCAGGUAGAAUUGCCAAAUUUCCUAGCAUUAUCACUUGUUAUUUUGAAUUUCCAAGCAUUGAAUUCGCAUUUAAGCAAAGAAUGAAAUAGAGAAGGCAAGCAAAUUAAUUCCAGAAAAUUUUCUACUCUUU